CGUCUCGCCCUGUCAGAGAGACGAGAAGCUGCUUCAGUCUGCAGCUGCACCCCGAGCUGGUCUGAACUGGACUGGACUGAACUGUAGGACCUAGUCUCAUCACGGCUAUGAGGAAAAUAUUUGGAGCGGUCCGGAUGAACAGUCAAUGUUGUUUCCAGUUGAUGACAUCAUGAGCAGCAGGAACAGUCCAACCCGUCAGUGCAGUAUUGAGCUUCAGAAUAAGAGCUCGAUGUUCACCCUGUGUAACCCUCAUGUGCACACUGUCAGCGGAUCAUGUGACGCACCGUUCCCGCCCACCCUCGGCCCGUCCGAGUCCGGAGGCGCUCUGUUCGUCAAGAGUCCUCACGCGGCCUGCGGGUCGGUGGGGGUGUUCACCUACGACCUCCUGAGCGAGUCCACGCAGCAGUACAGGGGCAGAGUGGCCGUCAUGUUCUCCGUCCCCUAUGACUUCAACCUGUACUCCAGCUGGUUCGCUGUGGGCGUGUUCGGCCUGGACACUCACUGCGACCAGCAUCUCUACGAAACCAUGUACUACAACACAGAGAGAGGGUUCGUCAGGGGCAAAGCCAAAGGGCCCAGUCUGAGCCACAGAGGGAGUCACGUGACCGUCAGAGCCACCAUGUCCGACAGUUACCGAGCUGUCCUCAAGGUGCAGGUGUGCAACAACUAAAACCGGCCGAUUCAUUCAUCUCUGUCUCCUCCAUUAAUCCCAGUUCUCCCAGAGACAGGAAGACCAGUUUAGGUCAUUUGAUAAAUCUUCUUUUAUUCCAUAAUCUCACUUCCUGUCACCUUUCUGUAUGAACGCUGUCAGGCUACAUGCUAACUAGGAUUUUACUGUUCUGUGUUUCUCUGAGUCGAAGCUGCGAAAUUUUGACGAAACAUUUUCCUUUUGACUUAAAUCAUGUUUCAUCUGAGAAACAGCAGCAGUCAGUGAACACCAAACACAACGUAGAACCUGGUCUGACUGUGGAACCAAAGAACUCAAUGUUUAAUAAAUAAAAGACCUGAUCAAUAAUCAUAUUGAUAAACUGUCGGAUCAAUCAAUGAAUUUGUGAUAUAAUUAAAGCUCAACUCGUUAUUAUGAAAAA